AUGAGCCAGGAAGUACAUGGACUUUUCACCCCACCUCUACCACCUAUUGAUCCCACAGGACGAGCAAAGGACUAUGGCUAUAGUUCAGUGGGUAUAAAUAAAGAUCCAAGGAAAUCAAUUGAUAACGGCCACGGACAAGGACAAGGAUCUCCAUCAAGAGCAACUUAUAGUCCUAGCGUUCCCAAACCCAUCACUCAAUCGACAGUGGAAAAUCAAAACCAACAGGACAUCGCGACACCAUCUCUAACUUCCAAUUCUACCAUAUCAGAAUUGAGCAUCAACCAAUUAGGUCUUUCGCAUCCAUCUUCGUCAGCAUCGAUAUAUACCGAAAGUGAAGGUGUAAAAUCGAAUGAUGAUACUCCCAUUCCUACGAAUAAGAUCGGGACUGGGACGGAGACGACAUUGGAUUCGUUAGCUAAAUUAAGACAAUUCAAAGCUGAAGUAGAAGCUACACGACAACAUUCCCACCCAAGCGCGUACACGGACAACAAGGGUAAUCCCUCCGGAGGGGUGGGAAUGGGAGAGAUGAAUCCUAGUCAUUUAGCAAAAAUGGCUGAAUCGUUUAUUCUACAACAACGACAAAAGCUUGAUAGUGCCGAUGAAGGUAAAAUUGCAAGUACAAAUACAAGUAUAGAACCAGCUGGUAAUAGUGGUUAUUCACAUGUAAAUGCGUUGGAAGGAAGUGGAAGUGCGAAAGAAAGGGAAUUGGAAUUGAAAGAGAGAUUGUUAUCAUCGAGAUUACGUCCGAGUGAGAAUCAAGAUAGGAAGAGGAACAGUGAAUCAAAUUCACCUUUUGAUGAACGCGCAUAUGGCUAUGAACAGAACAAGAGACCGAGGAAUGAUGUACAACUCCCAGUCAAUCCCCCUUGGAACGACAGAUAUAAAGAUAGAGGUCGAUCAUCAUCUACGAUCAGGAGUGAUAAUCAUGAUGAUUCAGAUAAAUAUCCAAGAUUCCCUCCUCCUCAUCCUAGUGAUCCAAGAUUUACGAGAAGAGAACAAUCUACAGGUACUACUAGUAGUGGACCAGACUAUAAACCUAGUGAGACUAAUUUCGUACCUUCACGAUAUCAGAACCCACCUGGACGUGGACAUCAACGGGAUAGAAGAUACUCUCAAGAAGGUCAAGGGAGGCCUAGGACACCCCCUUCUCCGCCAAUAAGGAAUGAACCAGGAAGAAAUAAUGUUAAUAGGUCAUUUGGGAGGGAGAGGGAUGGGUAUGGGUAUGACAAUCAAGGUCAGAGAUUAGCUGAUCGUAUUUCCGGAGGAGGCGCUUCUCCAGCACCGAAAUAUCGACCUCGCUCGCCGUCGCCUGCUCGAACCUAUUCCAAUACCAGAAGGAAAAGGGAAUACCCAAGACCACCCAGUCCACCAAGACAUUAUCCUGAUCCUAGGACACCUGUCGACACCACUUAUGGCAGACGACCCGAUAUUCCCACUAUCGACCCUUAUGAUACUUAUGCUAAUGCGAGGGGACAGCCUUUGCGUCAUGCUAGACCGCCUUCUCCUGGUUAUGGUAGACCACCACCACCGUCUAUGAGGGAUCAAAGGUAUGGAUAUGAUUCAAAGGGAAGGGAAGACGCAUACUUGGGAGCACCACCGCCCCCGCCAACGCCGCCCGGUUAUCAUGAUCGAUAUGAUCGGCCCCCUCCUCCACCCCCACCCCCAAUUGGUGGGAACGUAUUUGCACAAGGUCAAGGAAUGGAUACGAAUAACGUUGUGGAAACGUUGGAAGCGUUGAAAGCUCAAAUAUCAAAAUUGGAAAAACUCGUUCCGACUGCUGGUACAAAUGUGAAUACUCAGCCACCACCACUUCCUCCUCCGCCACCCCGUCCUCAGGGGUAUGAUCCGUAUGGUGGGUAUGAUCAUCCCAGAGAACCUCAUCCUAGAGAGAGGGAGUACGAUACUAGACCAUUUCCACCACCUAGUGGGGACCCUUAUCAAGUUAGAGGUAGACUUCCUUCACCCCCUCCCCCUCCUCCGCAUAAGUAUGAGGAUGAUCAUGGACCUGGACAUGAACAUGAACAUGAAUACGAUGAUCGUCCUGGACCUCGGAAUGAUAGAAGAGCUGGACAUGGGCCGGGACCUGGGUAUGGUCGUGGACGUGGACGUGGACAUGGGCAUGGACAUGGAGGUGGUGGGAGAGGCAGAGGGGGAGGUAAGCGAGGACGAGGCGGACGAGGAGGGAGGGGUGGGAGAUAA